AUGUCUCGGCGCCAUGCAAGGAUAUGUAAGGAGGACCCUACAAAGUUUCGUCCUGACUACAAAUACGUAGCGGAGAUUAAUGGUUGGCUGAAGUUGCACCGAGCACCUACCAACUGGCUUGAUGCCCGCGCACGGUGCCAGCUCGAAGGUGCGGACCUAGCGUCUCCCUCGAGCGAACUAAUGCUGCAGGCUAUGAUUGACAUCAGCGGACAGGCCAGUGGCGUCCGCUGUGGCAUCUACACCGGCAUUAAUGCUUGGUUUUCCAAAGGAGAUUAUACCUCUAUCGAGGGUACUCCCCUGUGGAACAUGCCAGUGGAGUUUACGAAUACUCAGACAUGUCCACGACAAGUAACGCACCCCUGCACUGUUCUGCUUCCUAAGGGUACCAUUGACAUGGUAGACUGCAACCAUCUAUAUCCUUUCAUGUGCUACAGAAAUGAAAAGAAGGAGAUUCAUGACAUGUGUCAAUGUGGAACUCCUGAUCCUGAAUAUAAAUAUUACGAAAAAACGGGCCAAUGCUACAAAUUCCAUCUCCACCCACAAAGUUGGUCAAAUGCUUACAAGAUCUGUUUGGCUGAAGGCGGACAUUUGGCCAUUAUAAACAGCGCUGAAGAGGCUAAGGUCAUAUCCAGCAUCUUCGAGCAGCACCCUUCUAAUACAAUGCUGACGAAAUGGAGAGGUACCUUACUUCUCGGAUUUAAGAAAUUACACGGAACUUGGGGUACUAUACAAGGUGAGUUUCUAUAUUUGUUCACAUUAUUUGGGUUAGAUGCACGCGGUCGCUGCGCGGCGGCAAUGCGGACUCCGCUCGGGGAUCGCGCGGCGGCUGUGCGGGGUGGGCGCGAUGAAACUCAUGAUGUCGAGUAA